ACAACAAUGGUGGACCCAAAACUAUUAUUAUCAAUAUUUCUGGCCUUCUUUCUUCUUUCAUCUCCAGAAUUUUCAGUCUCUUCUGCUUCAAUACCCACUUUGUCACCGGCGCCGGCGCCGGAGCCGGAGCCAUUACCUUUCGAUGGGAUCAAAGCGGCCUACUGGCCAUCGUGGCUAGCCGGAACAGUCGCACCCGCCGCUAUCCCCACUGAAUAUUUCACUCACGUUUUCUAUGCCUUUGCUGUCCCUGAUCCCACAUCUUUCCAGCUAUUAAUCUCCCCGGCCGACGGGCAGUUGAUGCAGGAUUUCACAUCCUCUCUGCAUUCUCAAAACCCUCCGGCGAGGGCGUUUUUGUCAAUUGCCGGAGCCGCCACUCUCUACGUCCUGGCUAACUCUAAAGACACUCGCGCGUCCUUCAUAAAAUCAACCAUUGAUGUUGCCCGCAAGUUCGAGUUCGACGGCCUGGAUCUCGACUGGGAAUUCCCGAACACCACCGAAGCCAUGGCCGAUCUCUCCCUGCUCUUCCAAGAAUGGCGGCUCGCCAUCGACCAAGAAUCGUUUUCCAGUGGAAAACCGCGGCUGCAACUAUCUGCAGCCGUCUAUUUCGCUCCCACUCUUCUCUUCCCGGCGUCCCUUAGCUACCCGGGCGACGCCAUGAGGACAAACCUGGAUUUUCUGAACCCAAUGUGCUAUGACUACCGUGGCGCCUGGAACACUUCCGUCACAGGGGCGCAAGCAUUGCUAUACGACAGGACUAGUAACAUCAGCACGAGCUAUGGGAUAUGGUCGUGGAAACAAACGGGCGUUGAUUCAAGGAACAUCGUGAUGGGGAUGCCAUUGUAUGGAAGGACAUGGGAGUUGAAGGAUCCGAAGGAGCAUGGGAUUGGAGAUGCGGCAGUGGGGGUUGGGCCUGGGAAUAAUGGCGACGGCAUCUUGAGUUAUAGCAAUAUAGUUGGGUUCAAUUUGGGGAAUAACGCGACUGUGGUGUAUGAUAAUGCCACAGUGUCUACAUAUUCAUAUGCAGGAACAAAUUGGAUUGGGUACGAUGAUGUUACAUCAAUUACGACCAAGAUUCUGUUUGCUAAGGCUCAAGGUCUUGGUGGCUACUUUUUCUGGGCACUCGGCUAUGACAACCUGUGGACUCUAUCUAAAGCAGCUUCCAUGGCGUGGGACGAGACAAAUUGAAAUGGAUGCAGCUAGCGCAGUGAUGAGGG